AUGGCUAUCCGACGUGUCGUGUGUCGUAGAGGCAAGCCGUUGGAGUUCUACUCCGAUAACGGGACGAACUUCCAAGCAGCCAGCAAAGAAGUCAUGAAGCAGAUAGCAAUGGAUCUUGAAGACGCCUUCACCGAUGCCAGAACUCGGUGGAACUUUAACCCACCAAGCGCACCUCACAUGGGCGGGGUCUGGGAGCGGUUGGUUCGCUCUCUCAAGACUGCACUGAGCGUUCUCAACGGUGGGCGAAAGCUGACUGAUGAAAUUCUAUUGACUACACUUGCGGAAGCGGAAGACUUGAUCAACUCGCGCCCUCUAACGUACGUGUCAUUGGAGCCAGGAGUAGAUGAAGCCCUGACGCCGAAUCACUUCAUUCGGGGCGUCGGCACACAGGUGGAACAUGCCGUUCAACCAACAAGCGAAGCAGAAGCUCUACGUGAUCGUUACAAGCAGUCGCAAUCACUAGCGGACGCGCUGUGGAAACGGUGGGUCAACGAGUACUUGCCGUCCAUCAACCAGAGGACGAAGUGGCAUUCGGAGUCACCGCCACUAAGCCGUGGGGACUUAGUCUACGUAGCUGAUGAUACCAUACGGAAGAACUGGGUACGUGGCAUCGUCAUCGAAACCAUCCAAGGCACGGAUGGAAGGAUCUGGCAGGCGAUAGUCACGACUGCUAAGGGUGAGUGCAGGCGGCCAGUAGUGAAGCUCGCGGUGCUGGAAGUCCAGGAUCGUAAAUCUGAAUUGGAGGCAUCCCCACCAAAGUUACGAGGAGGGGGUAUGUGCGCACCUACGAGCAAUGAAAACUAUCCUUGCGAAAAAUCAUACCCCGAGCCGAUGGGCUUUGAUAACAAACGUCAACGGGAUGGUGAGUGA